AUGGGGACCUUUCUGCUAAACCAGAUUAAGAAACAGGCUUCUUGUUUUCUUCAAGAAACGUACAAAAAUGCAAGAAUGGUCUUUAGUGAUGUUACUGCUGCAGAAUUAUUGGCUGAAGAAGCAACAAGUAAUGAUCCAUGGGGGCCUGAUGCUAGAACAAUGACCAAGAUAUCUAAGGCAUCAUUUUACAAGGAUGAUUAUUGGAGAAUUGUUUAUGUUCUACACAAAAGGUUGGAUAGCAUUGAUUGGAAGCAUUGGAGACAAUCCUACAAAGCAUUGAUACUCCUUGAGUUCUUACUAACUCAUGGCCAUGAAGCCUUUGCUGAAGAAUUUAUAUGUGAUAGUGAUGUUAUUGAAGAGCUUGGAACAUUUAGACAUGUAGAUGAGAAAGGGUUCAAUUGGGGUCUUAACAUGCAAAAAAGAUCAGAUAGGGUACUAGAGCUACUAGAAGGAGGAGAAACACUGAGAUUAGCAAGAUUAAAAGCCCUGAAAAUAACAAAAGAAAUCCAAGGAUUUGGUAGUACAACAACUUCUCCUUCCUCAGCAUCUUCCUCAGAUUCAUCAAGAGCUUCAUCUUUUGGCUCAUAUUUUUCAUCUUUCACAUACGAGAGGACUGUUGAAUUUCCCUCAGAAGAUAAAAAAUUGAACAGGGUGCACCUCUGGAAUGGUCCACCAAUUCAAGAAAAAGGGUCCUUGUUGGAAUCUGAAGGGGAAGAAGGAGAUGAAAAAUCAGAUGGUUUGAUCAGUGGAAUCUGCUCAAAACUUGCUGGUAUUAGUCCUUCAAAAAGUUGCUACAGGUCAGAAAGUGGCAUUCAGGAACUUUUCUGAUGUUGCAAAGGUUACAAACAAUAGGCUUGGUCGUCAGUAUUCUCUGAG